CCGGUCACAGUUUAUGAAACUUCCAAAAUGGCUGCCAAAGUUUUGUUGCGUGUCCCAGGAAGUUUCCAUCCCAUGCUAAACAAUCUUUUAACUCGACAGGCCACUGCAGUAUCUACUCAAUAUAGAGGACUGUAUGAGCAGAAAAAUAUUCACGAAGACAAAAAAUGCUUAAGCCUUGUCCCACAUAGGAGUCAAAGUACUGAGACAGCAAUAGAGAGAAAGAAGACCUACUCACCUUUCCAGAACACCAACAGCACAGCUGAGUAUGCCUUAGCAAGAGUGGAUGAUCUUCUCAACUGGUGCAGAAAGAGUUCACUAUGGCCCCUGACCUUUGGCUUGGCCUGUUGUGCAGUUGAGAUGAUGCACAUGGCGGCACCACGCUAUGAUAUGGACAGGUUUGGUGUCGUGUUUCGAGCCAGUCCUCGACAAGCUGACGUCAUCAUUGUAGCUGGGACAUUAACAAACAAAAUGGCACCUGCUUUUAGAAAAGUUUAUGACCAAAUGCCGGAGCCACGCUGGGUAAUCUCCAUGGGAAGUUGUGCCAAUGGUGGGGGAUACUACCAUUAUUCAUAUUCAGUUGUAAGAGGAUGCGAUAGAAUUGUUCCUGUAGAUAUCUAUGUACCAGGCUGUCCACCAACGGCAGAAGCCCUGCUUUAUGGAGUGCUACAAUUACAAAAGAAAGUAAAAAGAAUGAAGAAUGUCCAGGCCUGCCUUGUCCCACAAAGGAGCAAAAGUACUGAGACUGCAAUAGAGAGAAAGAAGACCUACUCACCUUUCCAAAACACCAACAGCACAGCUGAGUAUGCCUUAGCUAGAGUGGAUGAUCUUCUCAACUGGUGCAGAAAGAGUUCACUAUGGCCCCUGACAUUUGGCUUGGCCUGUUGCGCCAUUGAGAUGAUGCACAUGGCGGCACCACGCUAUGAUAUGGACAGGUUUGGUGUCGUUUUUCGAGCCAGUCCUCGACAAGCUGAUGUCAUCAUUGUAGCUGGGACAUUAACAAACAAAAUGGCACCUGCCUUUAGAAAAGUUUAUGACCAAAUGCCAGAGCCACGCUGGGUAAUCUCCAUGGGAAGUUGCGCCAAUGGUGGGGGAUACUACCAUUAUUCAUAUUCAGUUGUAAGAGGAUGUGAUAGAAUCGUUCCUGUAGAUAUCUAUGUACCAGGCUGUCCACCAACAGCAGAAGCCCUGCUUUAUGGAGUGCUACAAUUACAAAAGAAAGUAAAAAGAAUGAAGAAUGUCCAGGCCUGGUAUAGGAAAUAAACAUCAAAUCCCUAGGAAAUCUGUACAUAGUUCGGUAGUUGUGUAUAUAUAACAGUA